AUGACUUCUCUACCACCCAACGUCCACAUCUCCACGCACCCCUGCCUCGUGGCCAAGCUCUCCCAGCUUCGCUCCAAGUCCACCAGCGCGCGAGACGUCAAGAACCUGAUCCACGAGAUCUCUCUGCUGCUUGGAUCGGAAGCCCUCGCAAAGGCCAUGACCACUAGCCCGGGUCCCCAGGGAGAAACACCCCUCGGGUUUACUUAUGAGACCACCACGGCGUCGCCGGGGGAUAUCAGCUUGAUUCCCAUUUUGAGGAGUGGAUUGGGCAUGGUUGAGGCAAUCCAAACAAUCCUCCCCCAGCCCGUCCCCGUCCACCACCUCGGUCUCUUCCGCGACCCCAUCACCUUGGCUCCAGUAGAAUACUACAACAACCUCCCCAACCAUUUGGCCUCGGCAUCAAACGAAACCCCCUCCGACCUAGCCAUCAUCCUCGACCCCAUCAUCGCCACGGGCGGCACCUGCGCCGCCGCCAUCCAGACCUUGAUCGAAUGGGGCGCCAAGCGGGUCAUCGUUCUUUCCGUCCUUGGUGCUGCGGAAGGUGUCAAGAAGGUUGCCGAGGAGUGGCCUGAGGGCACGGAGAUCUGGCUGGCGGGCGUGGAUCAGGAGCUGACGGAGAAGGGCAUGCUCAGACCUGGGUUGGGAGAUGUGGGGGAUCGGUUGUUUUUGACGAUUGGGAAGUAG